UGCUGGUCUCAUGGAAACCAUGAAUAAGCGGUUCUGGCAAUUUUUCACUCAUGUAAGAGAGCACAGCUCUGUUAGCUAUGCUAAAAUAGCCACAAUUGGAGGGUUUGGCAAUGUUGAACUCAUCAUUGUAAAGGCAACAGCCCCGGAUGACUUGCCAUUGCCUGACAAAUAUGUCCAUGAGCUCCUCAAGAUACUCUCCAUUUCUCCACCUUGUUGCCUUGCUUUUUCACUUAGCUUCACUCGCCGUUUUGGAAAGACUAGAAGCUGGCGAGUUGCACUCAAAUGCUUACUCCUUCUACACCGAUUGCUUAGAUUAUUGCCCGAAGAUAGCCCCUUUCGAUCAGAAUUGCUAUGGAAUCGAUCAAAUGGUUUGAUCUCUUUAUACCCUUGUCGUUUCCAGGAUGCUUCCUCCUCCAAUCCUGAGAGUUACACCACGUUUAUCAGAUCAUAUGCACAUUUAUUAGAUGAAGCUCUUGGGCGCUUCUUGUUAGAUGGUAAGGUAUUUUCCAAUGAAGAAAUGGAAAUGCCUGAAAGUAUCGCAGAUAAAAUGAAAGAAAUAGACAGGAUGCUUGAGAUUUUGCCACAGCUUCAAAGCCUAAUUGAUCGAGUUAUGGAUUGUAGACCAAGUGGGGCUGCAGCCAGAAGCUUUUUGAUCCAGACUGCAAUGAAAUACAUCAUUCGGGACAGCUUCAUUUGUUACACCAUAUUUAGAAGUAACGUUGUUUUGGUGUUGGACAAUCUCUUUCAAAUGCCAUACAGGAGUUGCAUAGAAGCUUUUGGGAUAUACAAGAAAGCAGCUCUGCAAGCAAACCAGCUGUUGGAGUUUUAUGACUGGUGUAGACUUAUGGGGUUCUGUGGGUUUUAUGAGUAUCCCUUUGUGCUUCGGAUUACACAGCUACAAAUUCAGGCUCUCAAGACUUUCAUCAAUGGAAUGUGGCAGCUAACAGAGUCAUCAUCACCCACCAUAUCACCAUCAUCGUUAUCAUCACUUAUGGAUUCCAAGUCGAGUUUAACAGAAGAGGACAGAGACAAACAACUGGUUGUAGUGGAUACUCUGAAGGAGAAAUUUGAGGACAGCUGUUUUCCUGAAAAGUUUGAUCAAGUUGAGGAGAGGGAACCAUUGAUUCAGCUAGAUGAUAGUGAAAAUGAUAGCUGGGAGGAUCUAUUGGAUGCUUCAGUAAAUCUCUCUCGUCUUCAGGCAAACAACUUGCUUUUAGACACCAAGGGAUUCAACUAUAGCAAUGGGAGUGAGAAAGAUGAAUGGAAGAUACAACCUUUCAAUCCUAAUGUAUCUAAUCCCUUUUAUCAGCCUCCCAGCAUGCCAGUUUCUUCUGCACAACAUGCAAGCAGUGACCCAAAAUAUCCAUGGGGACUAUGACGCAUACCUGCCCUUUAAUUUUUUUUGAGUUUAGCAAUCCAUGGCAUAUUUAAGCCUUGAUUUCCUUCAUUAAUUUAAAAUAGGAUUACUCAUUUUUCAGACCUUGUAUUUGUUGGUGGUUUUUCUUUUGGAGUUCUGUUUAGAAUUCAUA